CUCUCAAAAUCUUUGACUACAUUUUAAGAGCAUCUCGGUAUAGCACUUCCGACACAGUUCGCUUAAUGGAGGGUAAAUUUCGAUAAUUUUGUGUUCCUCUUUAUUCAGAGGAUCCACUUGUUUUUGUGGAGAAUAUUAUUUCUCACUUUGGAAGCCGCUUCGUCCUAUAAUGGCGCCGACGAUUCAGACGCAAGCACAACGCGAGGACGGCCACAGUCGGCCGUCAUCACACAGAACUGUCCCUGAGAGGUCAGGUGUGGUCUGUCGGGUGAAAUACUGCAACAGCCUGCCCGAUAUCCCGUUUGACCCCAAAUUCAUCACAUACCCGUUUGAUCAGAACAGGUUUGUACAGUACAAAGCUACAUCUCUGGAGAAACAGCAUAAGCACGAGCUUCUGACCGAACCGGACCUCGGCGUCACCAUCGAUCUCAUCAACCCGGAUACGUACCGUAUAGACCCAAACAUACUCUUGGAUCCAGCUGAUGAAAAACUGUUAGAAGAGGACAUCCAGGCUCCGUCCAGCUCCAAGAGAUCCCAGCAGCACGCUAAGGUGGUGCCUUGGAUGAGAAAGACGGAAUAUAUUUCCACCGAGUUCAACAGAUACGGCGUCUCCAAUGAGAAAGUGGAAGUCAAGAUCGGCGUGUCUGUCAAGCAACAGUUCACAGAAGAGGAAAUCUACAAGGAUAGAGACAGCCAAAUCUCCGCCAUUGAGAAAACUUUUGAGGACGCACAGAAAGGGAUCGCUCAGCACUACAGCAAACCUCGAGUUACUCCUGUGGAGGUUUUGCCCGUCUUCCCGGAUUUCAAGAUGUGGAUCAACCCGUGCGCUCAAGUCAUCUUCGACUCGGAUCCCGCUCCCAAAGACAUGUCGGCAAUUGCAGGCGUGGAAAUGAUGUCCCAAGCCAUGAUCAGAGGCAUGAUGGACGAGGAAGGGAACCAGUUUGUGGCCUACUUCCUGCCCAACGAGGACACGCUUCGCAAACGGAAGCGAGACUGCGACGAGGGGCUGGACUACAUGCCCGAGGAUCUCUACGACUACAAGAUCGCCAGGGAGUACAACUGGAACGUGAAGAACAAAGCCAGCAAGGGCUACGAGGAGAAUUACUUUUUCAUCUUCAGAGAUGGCGACGGGGUUUACUACAACGAGCUGGAAACAAGGGUGCGGCUGAGCAAGAGGCGAGCCAAGGCGGGCGCGCAGUCCACCACCAACGCCGUGUUGGUGUGCAAGCACAGAGACAUGAACGAGAAAGAGCUAGAGGCCCAGGAAGCCCGAAAAGCUCAGCUGGAGAACCACGAGCCCGAGGAUGAAGAGGAAGACAUUGACAUGGACAUGGACAUUGACAUGGACAUGGACAUGGACAUGGACAAGGACUCUGGCGAUGACAAAGAGAGAGGCAGCGGCAGCGAGCCAGAGAAUUCCGCCAGCGAGUCAGACAGGGACGACGAAGAGCCAGAGAGGCGGGCGCCAGAGGAGGACGACGACGAUGAAGACCGAGACCGAGCCAAGAUUACGAACAAGAGGAGGCGGUCGAGCGGAAGCGAGAGCGGCGAGGACCGCACCCGCAAGUUGCGCGACGAGGAGGAGAUCUUUGGCAGCGACGAUGACGACGACAGCGACAACGAGCCGAAGAGGAGCAGCGGCGAGGAUGCCAGCGACGACGACGAGCGAGGAGGAGGAAGCGGAGGCGGCGUCAGGAGUCUCAGCGCCUCCCCGGCUCCCAGCGAGCACAGCAGCGAGCACUCGGAGGCUCAGGCGCCGAGUGCCAGCGCCAGCGAGAGGGCGUCGGAUUCCAGCGAUGCCAGUGACUCUGAAUGAUUGCGCAAUCAUCUUCAAGUCUUCCCUUUUCAUAAUACGUGGAUGUCGACUUGUUGUGAUGCGGACAUCGCUCUUGCGUCUUUCGUCUUUGAAGCAGAACGUAAAAAUGUUUUUUUAACAUGUCAUAGCUUCACAUCCAAAUAAAUGUUGAGCUCAUUUUUAAGAA